CCCCAAUCCACCCUGCCCCCGCAUUCUUCGAACAGCCACAUUACCAAAAAAAAAAAACAUCUCCCCCUCCGACCCAAAUCCCCUCAUCCUCUUAUGUCGCCUGUCUCCCCAGCCGCCUUCGCGUCGGGGAUGCCCAUUAACGGCACCCAGUGCCUUGAGAGCCACCGCCCCCCCCUUGGCCAGGCCCCAUUUUCUGACGAUCUUGCCAGUCACCGGCUCCCUUCGGGCGAUCCCCCACCUGCUCCCCUCCUCGGGUCCUCCUUGGCCGGCCUCAUGCGGCCUGCUGCCAAUGUGGCCGCGGCUGCCGCUGCCGCCGCUGCUGCUGCGGCAGCAGCAGCAGGACACCCCCCGCUUGCAAACCCCUCCUCCUCGCCAACCAUCCAUCACCAAGCCAUCGCUCAUCCCCACGCGCCAGAUCUUCGCCCUCACUCUCUCGAGGACAUUGUCCUCAAGAUCUUCCAGCUCUCCUCGGUCGCCCCGACAGCCGAUUCAGUGAUCUCCAAUCCACAGCUUCAGCUCCCAGCACCCUCUCCCUCUUCGACUAUCAUCGCCAAACCCGCCCCGGGCUCGCACUUUAGUCCCCCGCAUCUGCCCCGGCCGGCCAAGCGCAUGGCCACUGAUGGCAGCCUCCAGCCGGCCCCCUUUGCCGCGGCGGUCGCCGAGUCUUCCUCCUCCUCCUCCUCUUCCUCCUCCUCAACCCCCGCGGCCCUCCCUUCCUCGACUUCGGGCUCGGUAGCCUCCCUGUCUCAUCUGCCGCUAAUCGCCGCUCUGGGAGGGCUUCACUCUCCCUCCAGUCCGGUCCCAUCCUCGGGCACUGGCCCACUCCCGCUCUCGGCCGCUGCCAUUGCCGCCGACGCGGCUCUUCGUUUUGUCCCCGCUCCUCUCUCCUCCGGACAAUCGGCAGCUUCGCCCCCAGCUCCUGUGCAUCCGAUCAGCAUCCGCGAUCUCCUUCCCGGUCGCACAUCCCCCAAUGCCGAACCGGCCUUCACGACAGCCGUUCGGCGGGAUUUCCACAGCUCCAUCGCCGCCCUUGCCGUACCACCUCCAACCGCCGAACUAUCACCCCUCUUCACCCUCGCCAGCAUCGCCCUUCAGGAGCCCGCUUCAUCGCUGGCUUCCCCGGCAUCAAUAAUCCCACCGACCACCACCACCUCUGCCAAUGGUACCGGGCAUGUGGCCCCCACUUUUUCCUCCCCCCUCAACUCCGGGCCCUCCUCUACAUUCCCCUCCUCAGGACCCUCCUCUGCCUUCCCCUCGCCGCCCUCCUCUACUGCUCGGUCAGUCGUCAUCCCGGGCGUCUCCCUGCGCACUCCCCCUCCUUCUUCUUCCUCCUCCUCCUCCCUCGUGCCUGCCGGCUCGGCUGACACGGCUGCCGCUGCUGCCGCCGCCGCCGCCGCCGCCGCUGCUCUCGUUCUUGCUGGCAACCAUGAUGCCAUGCAAACUGAUGCUUUGUCAGGUGCUCCGGCCCAGACGACAUCGGCUUCCCCUGGCCAUGCUCCGAAUCCCGCCUCGGCAAAUUCCCCCGUCGGCUUGCGAUUUUCCUCCUCCCUGCAACUUGCCCUCGGGAAUAUCAUCGCCGAACCGAUUGACUUUGUCUCGCGCAUGGAGGGCGCGGAUUUGCUCGGAAGUUCGCCGACGCCCCCUCCGUCCUCCAACUCGUCAAAUUCUGCCGCUCCGGCAGGGUUGCCACCAGCCGAUGGGCGCCGCUCCGCUUCGGCCACGCCUCCCUCAAGUCCUGCCGGUUCGACCAAGCUGACUCCCGAGGAGAAGCUUGUCCAGCAGCGCCUUCGCAACGCCGCCUCCAGUGCACGCGUUCGCCAGCGUGUCAAGCUCCGCCGUCAAGCCCUUCAGGCCGAGAAUGAGGCCCUCCUCAGGCGCCGUGCUCUUUUGGUGGAGCUCCUUCGCCACACGCGUACCACCCGGGCUCUUCUUCAUCAGUCCCUCCAGUUGAAGACUGGGGCUCUUGUCUCGGGGGCUCCUGAUGGCAUGGCUGCCCUUCCCACUUCGCUUUCUUCCGCCAUGGGCCCAUCCUUCCGGCAACUGUGA